GCACGCGCCCUCGUGAGAGCUGCGCACGCGCCCCGUUAACUCCUUGUUGUGCAGUGACCGUUGAACUUUUCCCUCUGCCUCCGCUGACAGUGUGCUGCCUGCUGUUUACCACAGUGUACCGGGAGCCUGUGGACAAUGUGCCGCUCCGGAGGAAGCUGAUACACCGAGGAUAAUUCUCUUUCAGACAUGACCAACGUCAAGCCCAAAGCAGAGAGGCAGAGCGAUGGAGCCGAGGGCCCAGACGGAGGCUGGGGCUGGGUGCUGGUGGGUGCCAUGUUCGUCAGCACGAGCCUGGUGUUCGGCCUGAUGCGUUCCUUGGGGAUCUUCUUCGUAGAGUUCGUGCAGUACUUUGAGGAGAGCGCCCAGGCCAUCUCUUGGAUCUCGUCCACGGGCCUGGCAGCACAGCAGUUCUUCAGUCCGCUGGGUGCAGCACUAUGUAAUGCAUAUGAUGCCCGGGUGGUGGUGAUGACGGGGGGCUGUCUCGCUGCACUCGGCCUCAUCCUCGCCUCGCAGGCCACCUGUCUUGUUCACCUCUACCUCACCAUGGGUGUCAUCUCAGGUUUGGGCUGGGGGCUGAUCUUCACUCCCAUGGUGGCUACAGUCAUGGCUAACUUCACCCGCUGGCGUGCCCUGGCGUUAGGACUGGGCUUCUCCAGCAUCGGCCUCUCCUCCUUCGCAUUCAACCCGCUGUUCCAGUGGCUGGUGGAGAUGUACGCAUGGCGAGGGGCUCUCCUGAUUCUGGGGGGCCUUAGCCUCAACAUCGUGCCCUGCGGGGCUCUGAUACGCCCAAAGCAACGCUCUAAAGCCCCGGCAAAGGUGGACUCAAAGAGCAGGACAUCAUGCACUGCGAUGCUGCACCGAGUCUCCUCCUACCUGGAGCUGUCUCUACUCUUUGAGAGGCCGUACAUCACCUACACAUUCGCCGUUACGCUUCUUAACGUCGGCUACUUUGUGCCGUAUUUCCACCUGGUGGCCCACAGCCGCCAAGCUGGCUUCUCAGAGUACCAAGCUGCUUUUGUCAUGUCAGCCGCCGGUGCUACAGACAUUCUGGGGCGAGUGGUGUCGGGCUGGUUCUCAGACCUGCGUCACUUUCGGCUGAUUCAUUUACUGACCAUGUGGACAACGCUGGCGGGAGUCUUCAUCAUGCUGCUGCCUGUGAGUUCCUUGUCCGGCUCCUACGCUGCACUGAUGGUGAUCAGCCUCCUCUACGGCUUCUGCUCCGGGGCGCUCACGUCUCUGGCGUUCGCGGUGGUGCCCAUGAUUGUGGGCGUGGAGCGCAUGAUGGGGGCCCUCGGGCUGCUGCAGCUCAUCGAGAGCGGCGGGGGGCUGCUGGGGACACCACUGUCAGGGUUGCUCAAGGACGUCACAGGCAACUACGUCGCCUCCUUCGUGGUCGCGGGCAGCUUCCUCGUUCUCGGUACCUUGACCAUGGCCACUCUGCCUCACUUCUUCUCCUGCAAAGAUCCGCCGCCUCCUCAGAGACGUUCCCUUCAAGACAGUACCAAGGGUUUACACUCAGAGCUGGAACAGAUGAACAGUUUGCCUUCCAAACAAACCACAGAGGAGGUAAUGAUCUGACACCUGCAGUAAACACUAACCCACAAGACUGUGUAAGUUAAGGAUUCGAGAGCCUUGUUGGGACUCCUCCAGUCCAGCCAGUGUGACAAUGGCGCCUUCCUGAAGGCGCUGUCAGUUAAUAUGCUGCUCCACUUGUCGUUGAAUGGCGUGUUGGAUACGUGUUUGCAUUAUACCUCAGAGAUUCAGACCCAAAGAAAGAAGCUAACUGUGAAAACUCCAACAGCGUAAAGGGGCCAGUGAGUUCCUCACUCUGUUACACAUCCUAACCUCAGUUUAACGUUUAGACCAGCACCUUCUGCCUGAAUGGAAACACUGUGCGUUUAAAUACUUUGUAACAUACACAUGUGGUUCCAAGUUGUUCUAUACUUGAGUGGAAAACUAAGAAGCAGAACAUUUAUUUUAAGUUGUUCGUGUGAAUGUAAGAUGUGAAUCUGAUUCUGUUAUUGUGAGAUUUUUACACGUACAUGAUUAAAGUAACUUUGUUGUUUUUCAA